AUGUCUCUGAACAAGACUAUCGAGCUGGAACAUUUCGACGAACGGGACAAGGCUCGUCGUGGCCGGUCAACGCGCUCCGCUGGCGCUUCUACCGGCGGGGGGUCUGGUUCGAGAGGUAGCAGCCUGGUGCCGAGCCCCGCGCACAGCGCCAACUGUAGCUACUACCGAACGCGCACGCUGCAGACUCUCACCUCGGAGAAGCGUGCCAAGAAGGUCCGAUUCUACCGGAACGGGGACAGGUAUUUCAAAGGGCUGGUGUAUGCGGUGUCUAACGACAGGUGCCGGUCUUACGAUGCGUUGCUGAUGGAGCUGACCCGGUCCCUGGCGGACAACCUGCACCUGCCACAGGGCGUGCGCGCCAUCUAUACGGUGGAAGGGACCAAGAAGAUCACGUCUAUGGAUGAACUGGUGGAGGGUAAGGGUGUGUGUGUGUGUGUGUGUGUGUGUGUGUGUGUGUGUGUGUGUGUGUGUGUGUGUGUCCAUCACAUCUAAAAGUCUCACCUGAAUUCGUAUUUAUCAUUUAUUUUCCCGCAGAAUGAGACAAAUUCCUCUGCUAUAUACAGUACCAGUCAAAGGUUUGGACACACCUACUCAUUCAAGGGUUUUUAUUUUAUUUGUACUAUUUUCUACAUUGUAGAGUAAUAGUGAAGACAUCACAAGAAAUAACACACAUGGAAUCAUGUAGUUACCAAAAUAUAUUUUAUAUUUGAGAUUCUUCAAAGUAGCCACCCUUUGCCUUGAUGACAGCUUUGCACACUCUUGGCAUUCUCUCAACCAGCUUAGUGAGGAAUGCUUUCCCAACAGUCUUGAAGGAGUUCCCACAUAUGCUGAGCACUUGUUGGCUGCUUUUCCUUCACUCCUGCGGUCCAACUCAUCCCAAACCAUCUCAAUUGGGUUGAGGUCGGGUGAUUGUGGAGGCGAGGUCAUCUGAUGCAGCACUCCAGCACUCAUCACCCGUCUUGCUAAAAGAGCCCAUACACAGCCUGGAGGUGUGUUGGGUCAUUGUCCUGUUGAAAAACAAAUGAUAGUGCCACUAAGCCCAAACCAGAUGGGGUGGCGUAUCGCUGGUUAAGUGUGCCUUGAAUUCUAAAUAAAUCACAGACAGUGUCGCCGGUUUUUAAGUAAUCUCCCGACAUCCUUGGUACCUGAACAACCAGGCUGCAUGCACCCCCCCCCCCCCCCCCACACACAAACACAGCCCCAUGGGUAAUCAUGGAAAGUUCCCUGGAAAUGGAAAAACAUUGGCUACCGUUAAUAGAACAGUCUUUUGUUCCAUUAACGGUAGCUCUAGCCGGUGAACGUGAGGGAGCCAGUCAGAAUGUAGAGUAGAGUACCGGUAAGUGCUGCUGUUACCGGGUCAAUGAGGGGGUGGGGUUUGGAGAGCGACUGGCAGUAUAGGUUAGAUAAGGUUAGAAUGAUAAUAGACUGACAUGCCCUGUCUGGGUCUCAGUGUUAAGGCCACUCUGGCUGUAUAUCAAUAGUCUAAAGAAGCCUCCUCCUCUCCUCUCCUUCCUCUCAAUAGUCUAAAGAAGCCUCCUCUCCUCUCCUCUCCUCCUCUCCUCUCCUCUCCUCUCCUCUCCUCUCCUCUCUCCUCUCCUUCCUCUCAAUAGUCUAAAGAAGCCUCCUCUCCUCUCCUCUCCUCUCCUCUCCUCUCCUCUCCUCUCCUCUCCUCUCCUCUCCUCUCCUCUCCUCUCCUCUCCUCUCCUCUCCUCUCCUCUCCUCUCCCCUCUCCCCUCUCCUCUCCUCUCCUCUCCUCUCCCUCUCCUCUCCUCUCCUCUCCUCUCCUCUCCUCUCCUCUCCUCUCAGGUUUUGAUAACACUGUGUUUGACCUUGGUACUGGGUGACAUUGGAGGAUAGAUAGUGAAUAAAACUCUGCCAGUGUAGAGUGUGUGUGUGUGCGUGUGCGUGGUGUGCGUGUGCGUGGUGUGUGUGUUACAGUACAAUUUGCAUAAGGUAAUGAUAGAGCUAGUCCUGCACAUUGGGUCAUUUUUGCAUAAUCCUCUCCUGUCACUGUUCCCACAGGAACCUACGUUUAGUUUAAUCAGACAUUAUGUUCUCUUAUUAUUUUGGGUCUUUUAGAAUAAUUGCUUUAUGACAAAAAAUUGCCUCACCCCUUGAAUUCCAGUGAACUUUUGGGUACAUCUACUGAGACAGUUACUGAUAAGGAGGAGGGGGCUUCUUUAGACUAUUGAGAUAGAGGAGAGGAGAGGAGAGGAGAGGAGGAGGGGAGAGGAGAGGAGAGGAGAGAGAGGAGAGGAAGGAGAGGAGGGAGGAGUUAGGGAGGUCUCUUCGAGCGGAGAGGAGGGAGAGUUUCUCUGAGACGGGGGUUCUAGAUCUUGAGAGGUGGGAGAUAGAGAGAGAGAAGAGGAGCUUCUUUUGUAGAUCUUGGAUUUUUUUCUUGCUUUCCCAGAGGGAGGGGGGCGAAUUGUGAAGGCGGAGAGGAAGAGUGUGUGCAGAUAUUCCUUUUAAGGUAGCGGUGGUGUUGCACUACAGAGGUGAGCACUCCAAAGAGAUGCAGUCCCCUCCUAAAACAGAGGUUGGUAUGAUAAAUAGAAGUGAUGAAGCCUGACCUGACAUCAGAAAUGGCACCCUCUCCCCUUUAUAGUGCACUACUUUUGACCAGAGCCUUAUGGGCCCUCGGUCAGUAGAGCACUAUGUAGGGCACCAUGUAGGGAUGCAACCGUCUCUUCUGCUCUGAUACACACGCUGUCUGCGGUGUGACCUCUGACCUCUGAGUUUGACAUGCAAUACUGCCUCACUGUAUCACAUGAAAGACGUCUAGUCAUGUUCUGAAGAAAUAGAGGUUGUCAAGAGUAAUGGUAUCCUAAAGUAUUGAACUGGGACUGAUGUAUUCAUGUUGGCUCUCCCUCCCGCCCGCCCUCCCGCCCUCCCGCCCGCCCUCCCUCCCUCCCUCCCUCCCUCCCUCCCUCCCUCCCUCCCUCCCUCCCUCCCUCCCUCCCCCCAGGUGAGUGUUACGUGUGUGCGUCCAACGAGCCCUAUCGUAAACUGGACUACACCAAGAUCAACAACCCAAACUGGAAACCUGGUGCUACCACUGGCACCUCUACCGGUUCCUCUACCGGUUCCUCUACUGCUACCUCCACCGGGACAAGGUCAGGGUCUGGUCCAGGCCCCAGCGGUCAACAGGUGGUCAGUCAGUCGGACCUUAGGGAACAGAGAGAGAGUAAAGACUUUAUAAAGCCUAAGCUGGUCACAGUGAUCCGCAGUGGAGUGAAGCCGAGGAAAGCAGUGAGGAUCCUAUUGAACAAGAAGACGGCACAUUCCUUUGACCAGGUUCUGGAGGAUAUUACUGAAGCUAUCAAACUGGACUCUGGUGCCGUGAAGAGACUUUAUACACUGGACGGGAAGCAGGUAGGACAGAGAGGGAGUGUGUGUGUGUGUGUUCAGUGUGUGUGUGUUCAGUGUGUGUGUGUUCAGUGUGUGUGUUCAGUGUGUGUGUGUUCAGAGACAGAGAGAUGUAUUUAUCUGUGUCAAUAAGCAUUAGAGACAGGAUAGAUGUAUUUAUCUGUGUCAGUAAGCAUUAGAGAGAGACAGAGAGACAGAUAGAUGUAUUUAUCUGUGUCAAUAAGCAUUAG